GAAUCGUUUUGAAAACAAACGUUUUCUCAUCCUUCCAUAAAUACACUCAUCAACCCUUUCAUUUCAUUCUCUCUGCUUUCAAACCUGAGAUCUGUUAAAAGGUCAACUCAUCUUUAUUUUCUUCUUCAGAUCUUCAACGCAAACAUGCUCAGAACAUUAUUAUUAGCAAGGAAGUUGAAGCUCGCUACCCUUAGCAAUGGUUUGAAUCAAGAAGGCAGCAGAUUCUAUGCAACGGUUGGUGAAAGAAGGCUUGAAGGAAAAGUGGCAAUCAUAACCGGGGCAGCAAGUGGACUUGGCAAGGCCACAACCCAAGAAUUUGUGAAGCAUGGGGCCCAAGUAAUCAUUGCUGACAAAGACACCAAUCUAGGCCCACAAAUAGCAAAGGAGAUGGGCCCAUUAGCCCAAUUUGUGGAGUGUGACGUCACCAUUGAGUCCCAAAUAAAAGAAGCUGUAAACGUUGCCAUGACCAACUAUGGAAAACUUGACAUAAUGUUCAACAAUGCUGGCAUAACAGGCCCAUCAAUCCCACCAAGCAUAAUAGAUUUGGAUCUUGAUGACUUUGAUAGGGUCAUGAAAACCAAUGUAUGGGGCAUGGUUGCGGGUAUAAAGCAUGCGGCCCGUGUGAUGGCACCAGUGUCAUCAGGGUCCAUUUUAUGCACAUCAAGCAUAAGUGGGCUUUUGGGUGGGCUUGGGCCUCAUCCGUACACAAUAUCAAAGUUUACAAUACCUGGGGUAGUGAAGUCAGUGGCAAGUGAGCUUUGCAAGUUUGGGGUGAGAGUAAAUUGCAUCUCCCCAGCCCCAAUUGCAACACCCAUGUCGUUGGCCCAAAUUGGCAAAUUUUUUCAUCAUUUAAGUGAAGAAGAAGUAAGGGAAAUUGUGGGUGGGCUUGGUGAGUUAAAGGGCUCAAAGUGUGAGGACAUUGAUGUGGCCCGGGCCGCGUUGUUCUUGGCAUCUGAUGAUGCAAAGUAUAUAUCAGGCCAUAACCUUGUUGUGGAUGGAGGGUUCACAUGCUUUAAAAGCUUGAACUUCCCUUCUCAUGGUUAAAUAAAUAAAUUCUCUUAUUCAUUCAUGUAAUUGUAAUGUUUUAUAGUUUUUCUCUUAGUGCUUAAACAUUUUCUUUGAUUUAAUCAACAAGACAUUUCUUCUUA